AGAUCUUGACAGCUGCAUUCUUCACCCUCUCUCCUUCUCUCUCCAGUCCAAUUGCAAAGUCCAUUCCAUGUCCUCAUUACCUCUGCCACUACUUAGAAUUUUCAAGAUCUGAUUGAUUCUGGAACUUGGGUUUUCGUGGAAAGUGAACUCCAUUCAAGGUUCAUAUAAAUUCAUGUGGGAAUUUGAUUAUAGUUCAAUUGCAGUUGGACGUUUUGUGCUUUGAUUUGAAGGUCUGGUUUGUUUUUGCAAUUGGGUUUUUGAAGAUAAAGAAAACCCAUGAAGGAUUCAGACUUUACCACCGAACCCUUAGGCCAGAACCUCAUCAAAUUGAUAGGCAAUCUAUGUUUCUCAGUGUUUGUCUUCUCAGUUUUGAUAUUUACGGUUAUUGCCAUUACCUACCAGCCACCAGAUCCAUGGCUGGAGUCAGCUCCAGCCUUAACUAAGCUCUUCACUCAGUCUGAGAAUGCCACCUUCAAGAAUGAUAAUUCCAUCCUUAAAACUGGUGAGGAUUUGAUUGCUGCAGCUGCCCCUGCGGUGUCGCCAGCUGCUGCUGUCAAUCCCAUCACUGAAACAGUUAUUGAGAAGUCUGAAGAGAAAAUCACAAAGAUGAAUCUAACAUCAGAUUGUGAGGACUUAAAGGUUGUGAAUUGUUCAGACCCUCGUGUUCUGCUUGCGGUAGAGAAGUUCAAUUUGAGGGUUUUCAAGUCCAUUGUGUUUCUGGACUAUCGGACUCCAGUUAAUGGAUCAAAACCGGAUGAGUGUGAUGUGGCUUGGAGGUUUAGGAACAAAAAGGAGAAGUCUUGGAGGAAGUAUAGGGAUUUUAGAAGGUUUAGGUUCAGCAAUGGAGAGAAUUGUACCUACAAAGUGGUGCAUGCCAGUGGUUGGCAUUCUGGAAUUAAUGCUCGGAGGCCAAGGAAUAGGCUUACUCCCACUAGGAGCGGUGGGACUGCAAAACUCUCUCCGCCAGUUCGUGAUGAGGAGAUCAAUGAUACAAUUCCAAGCUUGGGUUCAGACAUGGCUUUUAGGAAGGGGAAGUAUUUGUAUUAUUCAGGUGGAGGAGAUUACUGUAAGGGAAUGAACCAUUACUCGUGGAGUUUCUUGUGUGGGUUAGGGGAGGCUAUGUAUCUGAAUAGAACAUUCGUAAUGGAUUUGAGCAUUUGUUUGUCUGCAACUUAUAAUCCUAGUAAUAAGGAUGAGGAAGGAAAAGAUUUUCGUUUCUAUUUUGAUUUUGAGCAUCUAAAGGAGGUGGCCUCAGUGGUAGAAGUGGACGAGUUCUUGAAAGAUUGGAAGAAAUGGGAUCAGAUCCAUAAAAGAAAAGUGCCAGUCAAGAAGGUUUCUACCUAUAAGGUUACACCCAUGCAACUUAAGAAAGAUAAGAGCACAAUCAUUUGGCGGCAGUUUGAUGCUCCAGAGCCAGAGAAUUAUUGGUAUAGGGUAUGUGAAGGGCAAACUGCAAAGUACAUUCAGAGGCCAUGGCGAGCUCUGUGGAAAUCAAAGAGACUGAUGAAUAUAGUCACUGAAAUCAGUGGGCGAAUGGACUGGGAUUUUGAUGCUGUCCAUGUGGUUCGAGGAGAAAAGGCAAAGAAUAAGGAGCUUUGGCCACAUUUGGAUUCUGAUACGUCCCCUGAUGCUCUUAUUGCAAAGCUCCAAGGAAUGAUUCAGCCUUCGAGGAAUCUGUACAUAGCCACCAAUGAACCAUUCUAUAAUUACUUUGAUAAAUUGAGGUCUCAGUACAAAGUUCAUUUGCUUGAUGAUUACAAGGAAUUAUGGAGUAACACUAGUGAGUGGUACAAUGAGACGAUGCUUCUGAACAAUGGAAAACCAGUUGAAUUUGAUGGGUACAUGAGAGUGGCUGUGGAUACUGAGGUCCUUUACAGGGCAAAGACACGUGUGGAAACAUUUUAUAAUUUGACCAAGGACUGCAAGAAUGGAAUUAAUACGUGCUGAUCAGGUUCAGAAUAUCAUUUUCUGCACUUUUUUCCCCUCAGAUCGAUUCAUAUCUCAUGGAUGUUCUUUAACUUUUCUUUUAUUCUAUCACAGAAUGAAAUUGUUGAGUUCACUGUAGUCUUGUCUGAUUCUAUCCUUCUUUUGUUUUGUGAGUGGCUUUUUUGUUUCUCUUAAUGAUAACAAAUCUAUAUCUCUUACAUAUUCGAGCAGUAGGUGUAAGUAUGAAGAACUGAAAUUCUGAACUUGAGUCUUCUCAGCAUCAUGUUGACACUAGCAUGAUUAAUUAUUGA